UUGGUUAUAUAUACCCACAUUUAUAUAAACCAACUAGAUUCUCAUCAUGAAGAAUAUUCAACAGAGCAAGAAACCUCCAAAGAAAGAGAGCAUAUUGAACAAUGCAUCCCAGUGAUAAAUAGCCUCUUCAGGCUGAGAAAGCAGCCUUUUCCUUCCGAUGGUUCCAAUCAAUCCAGCACACGUUGCAUCGCUUCUUAUCGGCUGGUGCACAUUCUUUUUACUGAGAUUAUAAGUCAAGGGGCAGAAUUUCUAACGGCUGGCCGCUUUAUCAAGCUAGUGGAAGCAACCUCCUGCCUUUUUCGCUUUCGACCUGACUCUGCUGCACAAAGCAUUAAAAAUCCCCAAGUCUCGCCAUGCCUUUCCGUCUGUCCUACAAUGACUAACAGCGAAGCAACUCAGGGCUGUCAGGAAAAGGACAAUGCAAAGAUAAUACCUCCAGUUUCUUACGGAUUUCGGGUCGAAGCCAAGGGGUCACGUAUACCUCGGUUCUCUAAUUCAUCUUCGUUUGCCUGCCUGCCAUUUCUAUCACGCAAGUCGGACGAAAAUCUCGGCACUGAAAAGGCUAAUGUAGAUAUGCUGGUGAUGGGUAUUGAAGGAUGGAACAAAAUAAUUUUGAUCAAUGCAAAAUUUGACUUGAUCUUAACUCAAGCAUAA